UUCGUGUUUACGUCAAGACGUUCGUGAAAAGAAAACGAACAUGGAGGAGAUCGGGGUAAUUGUUGAAAAAGCUCAGGACGAAGUGCCGGCCAUGCUCACCUCCAGGCCGCAGACUGGCCUCUCCUUCCUGGCCCCAGAACCCGAGGACCUGGAGGACUUGUACAGCAGAUACAAGAAGCUGCAGCAGGAGCUGGAGUUCCUGGAGGUGCAGGAGGAGUACAUCAAAGACGAGCAGAAGAACCUGAAGAAGGAGUUUCUGCAUGCCCAGGAGGAGGUGAAAAGGAUACAGAGCAUCCCCCUGGUCAUUGGCCAGUUCCUGGAGGCCGUGGACCAGAACACUGCCAUCGUCGGCUCCACUACAGGCUCGAACUACUACGUGCGGAUCCUGAGCACCAUCGACCGGGAGCUGCUGAAGCCCAACGCCUCGGUGGCGCUGCACAAGCACAGCAACGCGCUGGUGGACGUGCUGCCCCCGGAGGCCGACAGCAGCAUCAUGAUGCUCACCGCAGACCAGAAGCCGGACGUGAUGUAUGCCGACAUCGGAGGGAUGGACAUCCAGAAACAGGAAGUGAGAGAGGCGGUGGAGCUCCCUCUUACACACUUUGAGCUCUACAAACAGAUCGGUAUCGACCCCCCCAGGGGUGUGUUGAUGUACGGCCCACCAGGCUGUGGGAAGACCAUGCUGGCCAAGGCUGUGGCACACCACACUACAGCGGCGUUCAUCCGUGUGGUGGGGUCGGAGUUUGUGCAGAAGUACCUGGGGGAGGGCCCCCGCAUGGUGCGGGACGUCUUCCGGCUGGCCAAGGAGAACGCCCCCGCCAUCAUCUUCAUCGACGAGAUCGACGCCAUCGCCACCAAGCGCUUCGACGCCCAGACAGGAGCUGACAGAGAAGUUCAGAGGAUUCUGCUGGAGCUGCUCAACCAGAUGGACGGUUUUGACCAGAACGUCAACGUCAAGGUGAUUAUGGCCACCAACCGGGCCGACACCCUGGACCCGGCUCUGCUGCGGCCCGGUCGACUGGACCGUAAGAUCGAGUUCCCGCUGCCCGACCGGAGGCAGAAGCGCCUGGUCUUCUCCACCAUCACCAGCAAGAUGAACCUGUCUGAGGAGGUGGACCUGGAGGACUAUGUUGCCCGACCUGACAAGAUCUCAGGAGCCGACAUCAACUCCAUCUGCCAGGAGGCGGGAAUGCUGGCCGUCAGAGAAAACCGCUACAUCGUGCUGGCCAAGGACUUCGAGAAGGCCUACAAGACGGUGAUCAAGAAGGACGAGCAGGAGCACGAGUUCUACAAGUAGCCAGGAGAGGCGGAGUGAAGACGCCCCUCACACAGCCAGCUGUUAUUAUUUUUGAUUGUUUGUUUGUUUUCUGGUUUUGCGUUUUAUCAUACGUGGCUGUUCCCGCCCACUCGUACCGACCUGGGACUGACAUCCAAUCAGAUCUCGCAGGCCGUCUGUCGAAUCAGUCAGCCUGUGAAUCUGACCCUGCAAACACACACACGCACAUAUACACACACAC